AUGAAGAAGUUGGAUUUCAGGAUUAGUGCGAUGCCUUCAGUUGGGGCACUUAAGAAUGCCGGGAUGAAAGUGCACUAUCUAUUUGGUGUCUUCGCUGGCGAUGCUGGAAAUGGCUUUGUGCUGCUGGUCUGGGUAGCCUUCAAGCUUUUGCGUGCACUGAUUGCUGGCUGUGCUUUGCUCCAGAUGGUGAAUAUUCACUCGACUGUGGCUGUAAUGAGGUCGUAUGAUGGCAAGGACAACCACAUUGAUAGUGAUUCUGUUGAGGCUCAGACAGGGCAGUUGCUGUUGGCGAGGGAGCACACGCAGCUUGUGAAGUUCGAAGAGGUGUGCCUGAAUUCCUUGGUGGAAAUGCUCCUUGGUUUCCCUGUGUAUCAUACGAUGCUACGCGGAUGCAAAACUGAUCGUGCGCGCAUGCGACGCUUUUCUUAUGUGUACCAACUCGUUGUCAUGGGGAUAGCGUUGUUCAAGGAUGUGCGCCACCCUUGUGACCCUGCGUCUCACCGCUCCAAAGAUCUCAAGCGCACGCGCAUCUUAGAAAUGGUCGGAAAUCAGCAAGUUUAA